AUGGAAACAUCCACAAAUGAUGAUGAAUACCUUCGAGAAAAGUUAAAAGUCUUCCAUCAACCACUGAUUGGAAAAUUAAUCCCAACAGAUUUGCUAACGUUGUUGGGGGACGUACUAUCAGAUAAAGAUGCUUCAACCAUCAAAAACUUCACACGUCAAAUCAGUUUCGAGGCCGGCACAGAUCGCUUGUUGAUAGUUUUAGUUGAAAAGACAGAGGUCCCAGGAAGAUGGAGAAUGCUGCUGAAUGCUCUGAGGGUAAAAAAGUAUGAAUAUCUCUUAAAUCUUCUGGAAGGAACAACGGAUGUGCAAGAAAUUGAUCGCAACAUGAACCUCAUCAAUAGAUUCCGACCGAUAUUGAAGGAGAAAAUGAAUCCAAUAGCUAUACUCCCUUCACUAGUACAUAAAGAUGUGUUAAUUGUAGGGGAUAGAGAGAAUAUUGAAAGCGAAAGCAAAAACCAAGGACUACAGGCUGCAUCAGAGAUGUUAUUGGAUCGUAUCCACCGAAGAAAGACAGAUUGGUAUAAAUUGUUUCUGGAGACACUGGUCGAGAACGAAUGCGAGCAUUUGGUUCAAGAGAUAGAUCCAGAUUUCAUGAAAAAAAGGGCGAUUUUAGAGGAGGAAGCGGAGAGAAGAGAUCGCGGAGAACUUGAUUCGGCAACAAUGGAGAAUUAUGAUUCAGAUUAUGGCGAAGCAUUGUCUGAUAUGAAAGGUUUGAAUACUGAUGUGAAACAAGGUUCUGCUUUUGAUGAAAUGGCGACGGAGGUGAAAUUAGUGAAACAAGGUUCUGCUUUUGAUGAAAUGGCGACGGAGGUGAAAUUAGUGAAACAAGGUUCUGCUUUUGAUGAAAUGGCGACGGAGGUGAAAUUAGUGAAACAAGGUUCUGCUUUUGAUGAAAUGGCGACGGAGGUGAAAUUAGUGAAAAAAGGUUCUGCUUUUGAUGAAAUGGCGACAGAGGUGAAAUUAGUGAAACAAGGCUCUGCUUUUGAUGAAAUGGCGACGGAGGUGAAAUUAGUGAAACAAGGUUCUGCUUUUGAUGAAAUGGCGACGGAGGUGAAACUAGUGAAACAUGGGUCUGAAGUUGAUGAAAAAGUAACAGAGGCAGCUCAAGUGAACCAGACUCUAACCACCCCGAUCCAGACUCCAACAACAACCAACCUUACUCUAACAAUGCCCAGCCAGACUCCAAUAACCCCUACCCAGACUCCAAUAACCCCUACCCAGACUCAAAUAACUCCUCGGGAACCGACAGAGCAUGACGAGUUAUCUGGACCAGUUCGAUCGCCACCCCAAAUGAACACCAAUGUUCAGCCAGAACCUGUGACGCCAAUUUCCAUAGUCUAUGAACGGGUUGCAACAGUAGAAUCGGAUCUGUCACUCCGCAACUACCAAAAGGAGCUAGCACAACCUGGCUUAGACGGACACAACUCUAUUGUUGUCGCACCAACCAACAGUGGAAAAACACAUGUUGCCAUCAGGGUCAUGGAGCACCACUUGAAAAGCCGUCCGGGUAAGAUUAUUUUUCUGGUGCCCACGGCAGCUCUGGCUACACAACAGAAGGAAAGAUGUCAAGAAGUUUUGAAGUGUUCAGCUAAAGUGAUGACCGGGGACAGUCAGCUUAAAGAUAAUUAUGUUAGCAUGUCCGUCCACCUGAGGAGUAACGAUAUAAUUGUGGCUACACCCCAGAUGCUUGUAAAUAGUCUGCUGUCAGAUGAUGUCUCCUUUAAAGACUUUUCACUCAUUGUAUUUGAUGAGUGUCACAGAACGUACGAGGAUACUCCUUACAACACCGUGAUGCGGUUGUACUUCGACUUGAAGUUCAGUCAAGAGGGGGCUCGUCUACCACAGAUUUUAGGUCUCACUGCUUCACUUGGGUCAGGAAACGCUAAAUGUCAGGAUUCGGCAGAUUUUUGGGUCAAACAGAUAAUGACCAACAUGGAUACUCGGAAGUUGGUGACAGUGAAGGAAAAUAUUGACGAGCUUAACGAAAUAAUCAAUUCCACAGAUAUGGAGAUUGUCCGGACAAAGGAACGUCAUAAUCUGGAGUUUGGCGACCUCAUUAAUAGUAUGAUGGCAAUCAUAGAAGCCAAGAUCAAUCAUGCAUAUGCUGAUUUCAAAAGGCCUCCUGCAUGUCGGGAUGAUAGUCGCUACACGGAAUGGUGCAGUAAGCUGUGUAAGCAGGUGACAGGCACUCGGGAUGAUGACCUUCAUAGAAGACUCAAGAUUUAUGCCGACUACUUGGAAGUGUACCAUCGCGCCCUUCUCAUAUACCGUGAUGCACGUUGCAGUGAUGCUCUACGCUAUUUAAAGGAGGAAGUUGAUGAUAUGUUUUUCGAAAACACGGCUGUGGAGACGGACCACGAGAUGCACCAGCUUUUCGAAGAGAAACGAGUUUUGAUGGAGCGCUAUAAUGAUCAUGAUCAGGAGAAUCCGAAGCUUCAUGAAGUUCAAGCCCGACUCUGUACUUUGUUUCGCACUGAUCCUGAUUCAAGAGCCAUCAUCUACGUCAAAACAAUAGAACUUGCAAACUGCAUGGAGACAUGGAUGAAUGAAUGUCCGGAACUGCAACCUCUGAAUGCGAGGGGUUUUGUUGGAUCGCACGCUAAGGUUGGACUUGGAGGUAACACCAGGUCAGAAAAUGACCAAAUCCUGAAGGCGUUCCGAGACGGCACACAUAAAGUUGUCGUAGGGACCUCAAUUUUGGAAGAGGGACUAGAUAUUCCGAGGUGUAAUCUCGUCAUAUUGUAUGAUCACGUUACCAACGAGAUUCAACGUGUUCAGACGAGAGGGCGCAUCAGGAGAGACAAUAGCCAGUUUGUUCUCAUAACAUCCGAACAAGGACCAGCAGCACAAAAAGAACGUGUCAACGAGGUUCGAGAGGAAAUGGCUUCGGUAGCCAUCGAAAGGGUUCAGAAAGAGGUUGAAAAAAACCCAAGUGGCUUUCUCGCGAAACAACGGGAUAAUCAGAGGAAAGAGAAGCUGGAACGCGAUGCUGCUAAACUGCUUGAAAAACAGCGACUGCAGAAUAGUCCGGUGUACGAGGUGAAAUGUAACCACUGUAGAACAUUUCUAUUUUUGUCAUCAGAUCUCCGGAAAAUUAAGGACAUUCAUCACACUAUUGUGGCCGCUGGACUGAGGGAUAGGAUAAUGUAUGGUCCGCGCAGGAAGCCGCUAUACGUAGAUAAAGACAUGGAGCAUGGCGUUGCAGAACUUUGUUGCAAGAAUUGUCAGACGAUAAUCGGCUCUGUUAACAAGUAUACGUCACUGUACUUCCCGCUGCCUCGAAUCGAUCAAAUAGUAUUUUCAAGGGCAGAUAAGUUCAUAACAGGCAAGAAAUGGAAAAAAGUGAAAGAUGUCUUUGCCAUCAAACCAUAUUGCUCCAUUGAGGAUAUGAGGUUCAUCAUGGAACUUUCUCCGGAAGACAAAAAAUUCUAUACCUUAUAGAAUUAUUUAAGGUGAACUGCGGUUCUUUACGGAUUCAUCCCUGCUACAGACUUAUUUUUAAGUAAGCAAGACACCAUUAUUGCCAUAAAUUAUCUGCUUACCGACCCUUUAACUUGUAUUGAAAAUCGAUUAUUCGGCGUAUUUGAUUAUGUUGGGGAUUGGAUGAAAUGUAUUUCAUAUCUUCGCUCCUCAUCCAUAUAAGUUUUAAGGCAAUCGGGGAGACUCCAUAAACCUUACUUGAAAUCGUUGGAGAUCUGCAAGUGCAUGUUAUGACAACGAUAUAAUCAUUGACGUUUGAUCAUUGAUUUUUGUAGUUUCUCCUGCGACACUCGGGUGAGAGUUUGACGAACUAAAUUCUGUCAUGCAUACUUCUUAUAUUAAUUUCAUAUUGAUGGCCGUUGACGGCAGAGUGCAGCGAUGCUCGGGGACAUUGGGAGAAAACUCCCUGAUCUCAUAUAUAUGUACUCAAAAAGGAGCCUCAACAACUGUACAAUAGUGGUCACGGGCAUAUUGUGUUCAUAUAUCUAGCACUAAUCCAAACAUUGGUCCAAAUAAGCAGUUUUCGUUACCCAGCAAAUGUGUUAUAUUCGGUGGGAAGUAUCUUCGGCAUCCUCUUACGGCGCCAUAUGCAACGCCUGAAAAACCGAAACCACCUCCGCGUCCGCAGUUGUGAAACUAAAUCGCACACUUACAGAAUGACUGGUGAACACGUGAUAUGUGAAUUUAGAUAUUAAAAAGCAGGUUUUGGUGCCAGCCGCCCUACAAAAUUCACAAGAUGGUCAACAUUUAUGCUGCAUCAGUAUUUUAAAGGAAAACUAUGUUUUCGUGAAAUUAAGUCGUAUUUGGCAGCAGUAAUCCACAGUAAAUCUCCAUGGUUCAGUUAUUGACAGAUGAAGUGACGUUAGAGGGACUUUCACUUUCUAUAUAUUUUAUACGUGUAAUUUAAAUUAUAUAUGUGUUUUUAAUAUAUUAUAUCAAAGUGCUUACUUUUCCAUUUGUUCAAUUUUGCACGUAUUUAUUGUACAGUUGUGCUAAGCCCUAUUGCUGAUUAUUUUUGAGACGACCCCCGGAGAUGUGAAGUACGUGUCAAUAUUCAUGUAUGUGGUAUGUCUAUGCGAAGAACUGGAGACGCGUAUUACCUGUAGUGCCAGUGUAUUAUCCAGCGUAUUGUUGUCUGGAAAA